CGUUACAACGAACCAAAUCACACAUUUGAUAUAAGCUUCGCGGUUCAAAUCGUAAAGUUUAUUCUCGCUCAAGCUUCGAUUUGAUAGUGACCGUUCUGUUCAGUGGUGAAGUGUUAGUGACACAAUCGGGAACCACCAAAAAAUCACACAAGUGUACUCGAGAUUUCAUUCGUACAGAUUAGUUAGUUAUUCGAUUAAUCUGAAACCGUCAUGGUCGAAGUUAAUUUGCUUGUCGCGGCUGCAAUAGGCACCAUCAUACUUCUUUUCUAUCGUUAUGUUGCUCAAAAAUACCAAUACUUCCUGAGCAAGCCUGUGCCAUGCGUGAAACCUACGUUUCUACUAGGCAGUAAUGGGGCAACAAUUUUCCGCCGGCGAGGCAUUGUAUCGCACCUACUAAAACUGUACAACGCAUAUCCAGACUCCAAAGUGACGGGUGUUUACGAUUUCAUGACUCCAGUGUUUCUAAUCCGUGAUCCGGAUGUUAUAAAGAAAAUUUGCGUGAAAGAUUUCGAAUUUUUCGUGGAUCAUACCCCAAUUAUCCCCAAAGAACAACUGGACAGGGAAACCGGUGGGCAAAGUUUAACCCGCAACACGCUGUUCGUGCUGAGAGGCCAAAAGUGGAGAGAUAUGCGAGCGACGCUGAGUCCGGCGUUCACCGGGAGCAGGAUGCGCCACACGUUCGACUUGGUGGCGGAGUGUGCUCGUUCGAUGAGUAAUUUCUUCGCCGCGGAAGCAAAGUCAGGAAAGAAGCUAGAGUACGAAAUGAAGGAUACCUUUUCGCGUCUGUGCACCGAUAUGAUCGCAACGGUUGCCUUUGGUAUAGAAAUAGAUUCGUUGAAGAAUCGGGAUAAUGAUUUCUACCGGAAAGGAACUCAAAUGUUGAAUGUUCGAUCGAUUAAGGUUAUGCUGAAAGUUCUGUUAUUAUUCACGAUGCCAUCGUUGAUGGAAAAAUUGGGAGUGGACGUUAUUAGUUCCAGUUUAUUGGCGUACUUCAAAGGAAUGGUUCUCGAUAACAUGAAACAGCGGGAAGUUCAUGGCAUCGUUCGAAAUGACAUGAUUCACAUGCUGAUGGAAAUUCGACAGGGUGGCUUAAGGCACCAAAAUGACGAGCAGAACUUGAAAGAUGCAGGUUUCGCCACAGUUGAAGAAUCUUCCGUUGGAAAAUCGAUCCAUUCUCGACUUUGGACUGACAACGAGCUAAUCGCACAGUGUUUACUAUUUUACAUGGCUGGAUUCGAAACAAUAUCUACAUGUCUGACCUUUCUAACGUACGAGCUCACGGUCAACCGAGAAAUUCAGGAUCGUUUGUAUGAGGAAAUCAAAAACACUGAUCGAUCCCUUGACGGAAAGGCCCCCACAUAUGAAGUGCUCCAACGCAUGACCUACAUGGAUAUGGUCGUAUCAGAAGGUCUUCGCAUGUGGCCUCCACAAUUGGUUUCGGAACGUUACUGCACCAAAGACUAUCAGUACGACGAUGAAGCUGGGACGAGAUUUGUCAUCGAAAAGGGUCGUACCGUCGCGAUUCCAAUAAUUGCUAUUCAUCGCGAUUCGAAGUACUAUCCGAACCCGGACGUAUUUGAUCCGGAACGAUUCAGCCAACAAAAUCGAUCGGGGAUGGGUGCAGUUCCAUAUAUUCCUUUCAGCAUUGGUCCAAGAAAUUGCAUCGGUUCUCGUUUGGCACUGAUGGAGGUGAAAUCGAUACUAUACUAUCUACUGAAGGACUUCAGUUUGCAGCCAACGGAGAAGACUCAGAUACCACUACGGCUGAUGAAACAUUUGUUUGCCUUGCAGAGCGAGAAAGGUGUUUGGUUGGAGGUGAAGCCAAGGGAAUCAUGAACGGUGUAGUAGUAAUUUGGAUAGAUUAGAUUCGAUUAAGGCAAAGUGGGACUGAUAACAGUACAUAUUCGGAAGAAAACAGUGAACACAUAUGAAAAUAAUGUGGAUUCCGAUUUGAUCAAAACUUUCCGGGAGUGAAAUACUACGAUAUGAUUAUGUUUUCUCUUUUAAAGUGCUCGCUCUCUCCUUUUGACCCCUAAGAAAAUGCGGGGAUAUUUCAACGAUCCUAGUUACACCGAUAACUCUUCUUGGUCAUGGUACAGGGAUUAUGAGAAAGUCUUAUGAGACCAUUCCCACACAUUGGUCCCACUAAGUCACGGUAAUUUGACAAAAACGAUUUUGUUAAUAUUCAUCAGUAUUCCCAUACUCAGCCUCAGAUUCAUUAUUCCCAAAUUAAUUUCCAAGGAACAAUCGUCUUAGCUCUGAAUAUUUUAUAGGAAUUUUUGACAAGCAAAAUACAUAAAAAAAGUGCUUUGAUAACUAUUAAAUAUUUUUAUUUUACUACUGACUCUUGAGGGUCACACACUCCAUCUCUUCUUUCUUAUUCAUACACGAUCAUAUCAUCAUGGCAUUUUUGAAUUUCCACAGAACUGACAUGUGGCAGUUUGGUUCUCAUAGGUUCAUAGCGUGGUCUGUGCACAGUGAGUGUCAUGUUCUAGAAGUAGAGUGAUUAAGAUUCGGAUUUUUAUCACCCGUACACCGUUGGCAAUGUCGGGAAAAAAAUUCUCUAAAAGUCGCGAUGAACAGAGAUCACUUCAUACCGUAACUGCAACUUGAACCAGGAGAUUGCACUAUAAGAUGUACCUGGAGACAGAUUAUGUAGUCGUACUUCGACUGCACCAUUCAACACAUAUAUACGGGGAUCUUGACCUAAACAUUGUCAAAUACAACAAAGGGUUUCAUGUGGUUCUUAUAUACUAAGUCAACUGAUUGGAGUCGAUUGUGCCAUUGUACUGUAACCACAUUCCGUACCUGUUGAAACUGAAUAAGUAGAACGUUGUGAAGUUCUUGGUACACUUCCAAAUAAACCUUAAACCACGUCGGAAUAUACUGCCUCGAUUGGCACGUUCCUUGUGUUAUUUGGAGAUUUAUGUGAACCACGUUAAUAUGUUGAACGGUUUCAAAAAUGUGAUUACGUGAUCGUUGACUGGGGUUUGUUCCGCCCAGCGCAUAAUACGAGUUUCCUUCGUACUUUUUAUCCGUUUCAAACAUUCUAUCUCCUAGAAUACUUAGAAUUGAGCAUAAUUUAUGCCCACAUUUUCGACGCAUCGACUAAUAUCAUAAAAAUCAUUUUACAAUUGCGCUAGAUGCUCAGUUUCGCUUGAAAGCAUGGUAAUCGAACGCAGGGUACCAAAAAAUAUCUUUUCCGAGUUACAAUUCUAAUACGGAAUAUUUUUCCAUGAAUUUAAAAAUUGUGCCUAUUUUACGGAGAUUUACGCUUUGUGUACGGAGUUCUUUAGAAAAUUAUCGCGAUGCGGUCAAGCGAGGAUAUUUGGCUUUAUUCAAGCACAUAAAAACAUAAUGAAAUAACAUGUAUGUUUAGAAAUAUCGUAACUUUUCUAAAAAGGUGCACCAGAUCAUGUUGCAUCACGAUAGAUGACAAAACUUACAUACAGCUUGGAUUCGAAAAAAGUUCUGAUCUGGCAGGCGAUUUGAGGAUGUGAUGAACUUAGUGCUUCAUACAUCAUUUCUGGGACAAUAAACGGCGUCUUCAGAAGUGACUUGUAAUUUAUAAGAAAUCGCAAUGUUUAAAUUCCGAUUUGGCCUGUUCUAGCACCCGGUCGCUACACACGAAUAGUACGAAGCAAACUAUGUGAAAUCAGCGCAACAAGAAAUAUGGUCCCAUCAAAUUGGCCCAUUUGAAUUCUUUGCCUAGAAAGAAAACAACGCUUCGCAACCUUCAUUGAACUAGAAAUAGGUUUGAAUAAAUGAGAUUAUAACUAAUUAACAUUUUCUGAAAGAUUCAAAAAUUCAAAAGCGAAAUUCUUGUGAACUUUUUUUUUAAAUAAAAUUUUCGUCAAAUUUUAUUUUCGAGUUUGCAUCAAAUCUCGACAUUUCAUGCACCUUAAAGGCAUGUGGCAUCUAAAGUAAGAAUCCUAUUAUUAAUUUUUGCUAUAGUUUAUAUGGGAAAUUCCUGUGUGGCUCCACUCUUAAACCCGUAAUUCCGCAACCAAAAUUCCGAUCGAUACAAAAUUCAAUAGCAGCCGAUGGGAAGGUUGCACCUCUCAUUUUAGACUAAGUUUGGGCAAAUCGGCCCAGCCAUUUCUGAGAAAAAUAAAAAAAAUCGAAUCGUAUGUGUCAAAACUGAGUUUUUGACGCAUACGCACAUACAUGCACACACAUACAGACUUUUUCCGAUCUCGACGAACUGAGUCGAAUAGGAUAUGUCACUCGGCCCCCGGGGCCGAGAUUAGGUUGACGGUUUUCAAAGUGAUUGCAUAACCUUUUUAUAUGAGAAAGGCAAAAUUACUAUUGCACAAAAUAUGUUAACUAGUUUUUAGAUAAAUAACUCACAAUAAUCCGCAGUAGUAAAUAGAUUAACUA